CCUCCUCCUCCUCCUCUACCCCAAUAAAAUGCCUCUCGAGCUGCAACUUUGAGUCUCGUCCAGCUGCUCUCUUCCUCGGCGAAGCUCUCUCAGCCUGAAACCAGCAACCCUCCUCAGCCUCGUUAGCCACCACCAAGAUGAGGCCGCCACAGAGAGGUCGCGGCGGCGGUGGAGGAUUUAGGGGCGGCAGGGGUGAUGGAGGGAGAGGGAGAGGUAGAGGUGGAGGUGGAAGAGGUGGCGGUGACAGGAUGAUGGGCCGUGGCGGUGGACGUGGUGGUGGCCGUGGUGGCGGAAGAGGACGUGGUGGUGGCAGAGGCGGGAUGAAAGGUGGAAGCAGAGUUGUGGUUGAGCCUCAUAGACAUGAGGGGGUGUUCAUUGCUAAAGGCAAAGAAGAUGCUCUCGUUACAAAGAAUAUGGUCCCUGGAGAGGCUGUCUAUAACGAGAAGAGAGUCUCUGUGCAGAAUGAAGAUGGAACUAAAGUGGAAUAUAGAGUUUGGAACCCCUUCCGAUCAAAGCUUGCAGCCGCCAUUCUUGGUGGAGUUGAUGAGAUAUGGAUUAAACCUGGUGCUCGGGUUCUCUAUCUGGGAGCUGCUUCCGGGACCACAGUAUCUCAUGUUUCUGACAUUGUUGGCCCUACAGGAGUGGUGUAUGCUGUGGAGUUCUCCCAUCGAAGUGGGAGGGAUUUAGUCAACAUGGCGAAGAAGAGAACCAACAUUAUUCCAAUCAUUGAAGAUGCUAGGCACCCAGCCAAGUACCGUAUGCUGGUUGGAAUGGUGGAUGUAAUAUUUUCUGAUGUUGCUCAACCAGAUCAGGCAAGAAUUUUGGCUUUAAAUGCAUCAUAUUUUCUCAAGACUGGAGGUCACUUUGUCAUCUCAAUUAAGGCAAACUGUAUCGAUUCCACUGUUCCGGCCGAGAUUGUUUUUUCCCAGGAAGUGAAGAAGCUGCAGGCGGAGCAGUUCAAGCCUUUUGAGCAAGUUACUCUCGAGCCCUUUGAGCGAGACCAUGCUUGUGUCGUUGGCGCCUAUCGCCUGCCAAAGAAACAGAAAGCUGCUCCUGCAUCAUAAGAAGUCUCGGACUGCCUUAGUAGUUCAAUCUCCUAUCGCUUAGUUUCUCAGGGUGCACUUUGUAUCUCUUUCUUAGGUUGGAACUCCAAUGUUUUCAAGAUUUUGGGUGACCUCUUGUAAUAGACCAAUAUUAUGAAAUGCCUUCGGAUUUUUCCACCUUAA